AUGAGGAACCUCACAGAGCUGAGUGAGUUCAUCCUGCUGGGAAUUCCGCAGAGCCAGGGAGUGGAAACAAUACUCUUUCUUCUCUUCCUGUUUAUUUAUUUAUUUACCCUAAUUGGAAAUUUACUCAUCUUGACAGCAAUUGUUUCUUCCUCUGCCCUCCAUACCCCCAUGUACUUCUUCUUAGGACUGCUGUCUGUAUUUGACAUCUUCUUCCCAUCAGUGACCUGCCCCAAGAUGCUGUUCUAUCUCUCUGGCCAGAGCCGAGCCAUUUCUUACAAGGGCUGUGCCACUCAGCUCUUCUUCUACCAUUUUCUGGGAUCUACCGAGGGAUGCCUCUAUUCUGUGAUGGCCUAUGAUCGUUUCGUGGCCAUCUGCCACCCCUUACGGUACAGGCUCAUCAUGAGACCUGGAGUCUGUGUGGGUUUGGUCAUAGCAGCCUGGUCAAUUGGCUCUGUUCACGCCUCCAUCCUGACUGCCUUCACUUUUAGCCUGACCUACUGUGGCCAAAAUCAUGUGCACUACUUCUUCUGUGAUAUCCCUGCUGUCUUGCCCCUGGCCUGUGAUGAUCCGUCUCAGGCACAGACAGUGGGUUCUACAGCUGUGGGCUUCCUAGCUCUAAUGCUUUGGUUCACUGUGUGUGUCUCCUACAUUCGCAUAGGGAUUGCCAUUUUAAGAAUCCGCUCAGCAGAGGGCAGGAAGAAAGCCUUCUCCACCUGCAGUGCCCACCUCACUGCAAUCCUCUGUGCGUAUGGGCCUGUUAUCAUCAUCUAUCUGCAGCCCACGCCCAACCCAUUGCUUGGUGCCAUUGUGCAGAUAUUAAAUAACAUUGUCUCUCCCAUGCUCAACUCACUCAUCUACUCCUUAAGAAACAAUGAAGUGAAAAAGUCCUUGAAAAAAGUGUUUCACAAAAUACUACUUAUACCUCAUCAAUAA